GAGUAUUUGCGUCCAGUCCCUGGUUCUGAAUGAGCGUGUCGUGGACUUGCGACGUAGUUAUUUUAGAUUUCAAAUACACAAUUGUUAUCUAAGUGUCAACUCGUGUUUUAUACGAAAUAAAGUGUAGUGCCGACGCCAAUUUCAACAAGAAAAGGCAGUAAUAAGACGACAUCAAUAAAUAUUUAACAAUCAUUGUCUGUGAAAGAUCCGGAAUUGAUACACAAAAAUAAUAACUCGUGGAGGACAGAACGGACGGACUCGCAACAGGAAAAUAAAGUGUUGAUACGGUAUCUAUUGUUUACGAGAGAUAGUAAGUGAUAAGUAAUUCUGCCUGGUUUGUUUAUUACCGGUGGUGUUUUGUGCUGCGAGUGAUCGACGCAAGAUGUAUUUGAAUGGAGUGCGGAUUUUUAGCUCGCGAUUAGCAGCGGCCCCUACACACUUUGUACGGAGUAUCACAGUGAACAGCACAGCGGUGGAAGUUGAAGAGGGGACUGCUCAUCUCAAGUCAUGGAAGGAGAUCCCGGGCCCUUCAUCUUUGCCCUUGCUAGGGUCUCUGCACCACUUCAUACCCGGUGGCAUGUUCUACAAUUUAGACAGCACUGACUUCGCUCGCAAACUGUACCAGGACUACGGACCCAUUGUGAAAGUCGAUGGGAUGAUCGGCAUGGAUAAGUUAAUAUUCCUCUACGAUGCGGAGAGCGUUUCACAAGUCCUUCGCGGCGAAAACUGGAUGCCUGUUCGUUCCGGUUUCCCUUCACUGGAAUACUAUAGAAAAUACUACAAUAAAAGUAAAGAUCAUGAAGAGAAACCAACGGGACUUCUUACAGAACAUCUUCAGCCGUGGAAGGAAUUCCGCUCCGCCGUGAACCCCGUGAUGUUACAGCCGAAAACAAUAAAGCUGUAUACAACUGCAAUAGACCAGGUCGCCCAGGAUAUGAUCGCCAGAAUGAGAUCAUCACGUAACGAAAACAAUAUGCUGCGUGGGAAUUUCGACGUGGAGAUGAAUCUUUGGGCUCUGGAGUCCAUCGCUGUAGUGGCUCUCGGUACAAGGCUGAAUUGCUUGGACCCGACACUGAGUGACGACUCGCCAGCCAAGAGACUGAUCCAGUGCGUCCAUGACUUCUUUAGUGUCUCCGAAGACUUGGACUUCAACCCAAGCAUAUGGAAGUACAUCGCAACACCAAAAUUCAAGAAAGCGAUGAAACUUUACGAAGAACAUGAAAAUCUAUCAAAAUAUUUCAUUCAAAAAGCAAUGAAAGAAUUAAAAGCAAACAAAGGAAAAUCGAGCGACGAGAAGGGCGUACUUGAAAAGCUGAUGGAUAUCAAUGAACAGUACGCAUACGUUAUGGCCGGUGAUAUGCUAUUCGCUGGUGUGGAUACGGCCGCUUACACCAUGACAGCCACGCUGUACCUCCUUGCGACGAACCCAGAGAAACAACAGAAACUAAGAGAGGAAGUUCUAUCACAAUCAGAGAAGAGACCUUACUUGAAAGCGUGCAUCAAAGAAGCUAUGAGGGUAAUGCCAGUGGUGCCUGGCAACAUAAGGAAAACUACCAAAGAGUACAACAUACUUGGCUACCACAUACCGAAAAACAUGGAAAUGAUUUUCUCUCAUCAAGAGAUGUCAGUGAUGGAGCAAUACUACCCGAGACCUAAAGAGUACAUCCCAGAACGUUGGGUGGCCGAUAAAGACGACCCUCUGUACCACGGCAAUGCGCAUCCUUUCGCUCAAUCUCCAUUUGGCUUCGGAGUUCGCAUGUGUAUAGGUCGUCGCAUCGCAGAGCUGGAAGUGGAAACGUUCCUUGGGCGGAUCGUGGAGAACUUCAACGUGGAGUGGUUCGGACCUCCUCCGAAAGUAGUUCAAACUGCGCUUAAUUACUUCAAGGGACCUUUUAAUUUUAUUUUCAAAGACAUUUGAGAAACUCAAUAUUUUAUAUCGCUGUUGAUGUAUAUGUUAAAUUAAAAAUAAUUUAAUACAUAGGAAACUAUCUAACCUGGGUAACUGAAUCAACUUAAGUUCUAGUAACAGUUUUUUUAAAUAGAGCUUGAAAAUUUAAAUAGCCACCACAUUAGCAGAUAUUUUUAGGUAUCUUAACAAUUUGAAGCAAUAAUUGUGGCGAUCACUUUUCCUCAAUGACUGAUUUCAUUAUCAAAGAAAUGGCUGUCAAAUGGUCAGUUUGUAAAUAUUUGAAAGAGACCUAUGUUGAACAGUAAUCACCCUGUGACCGAUGAUAAUGAUAAAAUAGUGUCUUACACACUGUUGUAAGGAUGUAUCUUUUUUUUAUUAAGUAUAUUAUUAAGGUCACGUGAUAAAGUCCAGUUUUCAAAAAUUCUACUCAAAUUUUACUGAACUAUUGCGAAUGAUACGGGUUUAUGAAACUCAAACUUAAACCACACACGAAAUUGUAUCUGCGACUGGAUUUUUUUAUUAUUUUUGCUGUGGUUGUUACAUUAGCUAAUUUAAUUUAUAUUAAGAUAAACUGUUAAGUUAUAUUUUAUUGUAACAACGUUUAUUACCCAAA